GUCCUAGCGGUAAACAUCUCAAAGUCGGUCUUUUCAUUUUUUGGCAGUCGAUCCGAAUGUGCGGCUCCAAAAUUGUGACUAGUUUUCUAGAAGGGCGUCAACAAGAACUUUGCUGAGAAUUUUGUUGACAAAAUCCACAGAUAUCUACCUAUUGUUGUUGCUUCAGUGUAAUUCGAUGCAAGCGAGGUGUCUACAAUAGGUGCACGAGGUGCUUUUCAAGUCGUUCUUGAUGUUCUCCCCAAUGGCACAGUUACGGGCAUGUGGCGUUUCUACCAAAGAGUGAUCACAUGAAGAACCUCCAUGCAGACCCUCACAGGUUACUGUUGUUAUCCGACAGGUGAUUGGUCAGCAGGUGUAGACGUCCGCCAUGAGCCACGGUGUGGUGACCGUGCAGGAGAUGCACUGCGUCUGCUCCUGGUUCGCCAACUGGGCCCUGCCACAACGCGAGGAGUUCCUGCGGGACUUGGUGGAGAAAGCGGUCGGAGUUACCACGGACUCCCUCCUGGCUAACCUUGACUCACUCUCCGUACAGGACAAGGCGCCGAGUAUAUUCAAGUGUCAGAUGAAGCUAUUCGGGCAGUGGUUCGAGGGAUGGACAGAAGACGAUAGGAACGAACUUCUGCAGAGACUAGAGAACAUAGAUGCGAUCUUUGUCGCAAGAUUCUAUGACGAAGUGGCCAAAAUCAACCAACAGAGACAUUGAUAGAAUUUGUAUUUAUUGGAAUAUCUUGGCUAUUUGUAUACUAGGAAUUUGGAAAGGGGUCUAUUUGACACAUUCCGUUGCCAGACUGUGGAUGGAAUGCUGUGCUAGUUUUCCUCUCAGUCAUAUCAUGGACUAUCUUAAAAGUUCCAAGUGGUUUUAUUUACACCACUUUUGCAGCGACCUCUCUACUGCAAAAUGAUGACACAGCUCAGAAAAUGCGCAUUUUUUGGAACGUUUAAUUGAAGGUAGUCUGGAUCAAAGGUUUACCUCUUAUUAGAUAAGGAACCAGGGUAUUGCUACCAAUCUGACAGCAGGAGAACAAUGGUGUUUCUAGCCUCCGUUGCAGCCUUCCAGCGGGGCUCAUUUUCAUGGGGGGGGUUUAGUGCUGGUUCGUGAUUUUCAACGUUGGCUUGAUUUUUGGUUCUCAAAGGAAGUUUGCAGAGUAAGAUAGUUUGCAGUGGAAAGUAGUUACUAGUAGUUGGGGCUUUCCAAGGCCAGCUCCCUUCCUCGGCAAACUUUCCUGGCAUAAGAGAAGCUAGCCAACGUUUAAUAUCGUGAAUAAAUCUCCCUCCCAAAUAAAAGUCAGCCACAGUGGCGGCGGCACAGGGGGGGGCAAAAUAUGUUGGGGGGCAUGGCCCCCCCCAAAAAAAACUGAAACCUUUUGUAUUUUUUUGAUGAUGGAAAUUUCAUUCAAUCAAUUUAGUCUAUCGGAAAAAUUUACCCCUGAAAAUGCAACAAAUGGCGUUUCAGACACUCCCGAUGUAAAAAUUUUGCCAGACCUCCCUUGUGAUGGCUACAGUUUUUGGCGCGGGACAAUAGGUUGUGGGAGCGUCACUCUCAAAAACCUUUUAAACUAAUACAAAAUUUACUAAUGAUUGUACUUAGCUUAGUUUACGAGCAGAAUGUCGCCCAAAAAUGCAGGAAAUGACGUUUCAGACAGUCAAGUCGGUCAAGAUUUCAAACUUUUCUCUGGUCCUCCCAAGCGAUGGCUUGCGCCUCCCGCGGCGCUCAUCAAAACGACAUGAUAAUUUGAGGAGGCGUGGGUCAUCGCCCUCAAACAUCUCUUUAUUUGACAAAAAAGGGUAGCUGGUGCUGAAAGUUCGACAGGUGCUGAAAGUUGGGUCAGAAAAAGUUCGCCCCACCCCCCCCCCCCCCAUACGAAAUUUGCUGCCGCCACCUCUGAGACACGCUGGAAGGCUGCAAUGGAGGAUAGGUGUUCCUGUCUGUGAAUGAAACACCACUGAGACUGACAUCCUUUUAAACACAUACACGAAAAAAUACACAUUUGCUUCUUUUUUUGCUUCUUUAAUUAUAGUAGAGAUUCUCUUGCACUGUAAAAUUCUCUAUGAUAUUGCACAACUGUUGAAAGCUAUACACAUGCAACAAAGGGCAACACAUGCAACUAAGGACAACACUUAAAAUACUUUUGGCAGUUUCUAAACCAUAUUGUAAAUGGAAUAAAAGCUUUAAACAUAAUAAAAGCCACCAAUAAAGCUACAGUAAGCCUUAA